UUUACGAAAUCGUAGGAAAAACUACAAGUAUAUCACGUUACGUACAUCUAACCAUAAGUGUUAUCAAAUUUCUUAUCAAUCGAUAGUUUUCAUUCAUCCGGAGUUCAUAUUAUAAAACAUCCGAGACGUACAGCACGUUAUCGAGUUCCGUCUGUCGUGAAGUGACUACUGAGCACUGACUAGGAAAAUAAAUAGUAAUUUUGUCUAUCGUAUUACCGUCAGUCGUCACUGUCGCUGUCCGUUGCUUCCCUCGCAUGUCCACGCGAUAGUCGUUUAAACCAACCGUUCUGUUUGUGUUAAUUUAGUUAAAUUUUGAUUUUUAAUUUAAACAUAAAAGUUUGAACAUAGUUAUUUUAAGAGGAAAUGGUUUUUUAAUUGUUUGUUUCGUUAUUAUUUUGUUUUAUAAUCCGCUCCUGAUUGAUUUUUUAUAUUUUAUAAAUAUUCCACGUAUUACUAUUUAGUAAUAUACAUUAUAAAUAUAGCUUUAUAUACGUUAUUAAGCGUUUAAUGAAGUAAUGGCCGUUUGCAGUUCAGUAGUGAAGACUGUUGUACCCGAUUACAGUAAUGGUGACUGCGUCAAAUUGUGCAGUGAACACUAUUGGCCACCUAAAGAUGAAAACAAUCAAGUUUAUAGACAUUUACCGCCAACUACAGAUACUGUGCUGACAAAACCGUUUCCAAUUAGAGGUGAACGUCUUAACUAUGUUAACACACCGCACGUUAUUGCCAUGGUUGGACUGCCGGCGCGAGGGAAAACUUACAUUUCGAAAAAACUUUCCCGGUACCUUAACUGGAUCGGUAUCAACACCAAAGUUUUCAAUCUCGGAGAAUACCGGCGUCAUGCCACCACGGCCUAUAAGUGCCACGAGUUCUUCCGUCCCGACAACGUUGAAGCGAUGGCUAUUCGAACCCAAUGUGCCAUGGACGCACUCGACGACGUCUGCACUUGGCUGGAUAACGGCGGUGAAGUCGCUGUGUUUGACGCAACCAACUCGACUAUCGAGCGCCGGCAAUUGAUAUUAGAUAUCGUUGUAAAAAAACGAGGAUUCAAGUUGUUUUUCGUUGAAUCAGUAUGUGAUGAUCCAAAAAUAGUCGAACAGAACAUAAUGGAAGUGAAAGUCAACAGCCCGGACUAUCAGAGUAUGGGUGCUGACGCGGCACUCAGGGACUUUUUGCAGCGGAUAGAGCACUACCAGGAACGGUACGAACCACUGGACGAAGUGGCCGAGGCUGAAUUGAGCUUCAUGAAGAUAUUUAACACUGGUGAAAAAGUGUUGGUGCGCAAGCACGAGGGUCAUAUACAGGCACGCAUUGUCUACUACCUGAUGAAUAUUCAUAUCAUUCCGAGAACCAUUUAUCUUACUAGACACGGCGAGAGCGAAUGGAACAAGGAAGGCAAAAUAGGUGGAGAUUCCCAAUUGUCGCCUAACGGUGUCAAGUAUGCCAUCGCAUUAGCCAACUACAUAAACGAACAGAAUAUCAAAAACCUUCGGGUAUGGACGUCAUGGCACUAUAGGACCAUUCAGACCGCGAGCGGCGUUCAGGCUCCGCAAGAACGGUGGAAGUCGCUGAACGAAAUCGAUGCCGGUGUGUGUGAUGGUAAAACGUACGCGAUGAUCAAACGUGAAUAUCCCGAUCAGUUCGCAGCCCGAGAUAAGGACAAGUUUGCGUACCGUUACCCGAGAGGUGAAUCGUAUGAAGACCUAGUUGCCCGGUUGGAACCGGUGAUUAUGGAACUGGAGAGACAGGGAAAUGUUCUAGUGGUCAGCCAUCAGGCUGUGUUCCGAUGUUUGCUGGCAUACUUUUUGGACAAAAACUCAGAAGAGUUACCGUACUUAGAAGUGCCUUUGCAUUCGUUGAUAAAACUCACGCCCGUGGCGUAUGGUUGUAAAAUGGAGCAAAUCAACUUUCCUAUCGAGGCUGUCAACACGCAUCGUCCCAAGCCUCAGGAUAUGCCUACUGUCUCCGAUAGUACGGACACCAAAUCUACUAAUACGGAACCGGGAUAUCUGGAGGAUCGAUUCAAGGAUGAUGCAAAUGUUAGCGUCGAAAGUGGCGACAAUAUGAACAGCAAAAAAGCAAACAAUGGGGACGCUACACUGCCCACUUAACUGACGAUCCACCGUCAUACGGCCACGAUCACAACUAUAUUACUAUACUAUUACUAUACCGGGGAUACCGCACCACCUUCUCUGUAUGUGCGCACGCCGUUAGAAACGACUGCGUUUCUGCAGUGAAGGUCGUGAUGAAGAAGGCAUCGUCCACGCAUUAAAAAUAAAUAUAAAUUACUCAUUAUUAUUAUUUAUAUUGUUUCCGUAAAGGGGGAAGGGGAAGAAUGGUUUCGAUUUUUUUUUAUGUAUAAUUUAAUAUUUAAGAAAUAUAUGUGUCUUGUGUGUUUGUGUGUGUAUGUGUGUGUAUGUAUGUGUGUGUGUGUGUGUGGAUGUGUGGGUGAUAUCAAUAUGUAAUAUAACACACUGCAGAGACAAACUAUCCGAAUUUGACUAAUAUAAUAUACCCUUGUAUAUAUAUUAUUUUAAUAAUAUAUGUAUAUUUACAAUUUUUUUUUAAACAUUUUAUGAUUUUUAAAAUGCUAUUUAAGUUUUAGACGAUAUUGUAAAUACAGUUUAAUUUAUUACAAUCAUAUUUACCUACAUUACAUAAUAAUAUAAGUAUCAUAUGCAUACGUCAUAAACCACACAUUACCAUAAUAUUUAUCGGUAAAGAUACUUUAAAAAUUUACUUAAUUGUUU